UCGACAAACACCAGCAGUUAUCGGCGGAAGACAAGAAUGUCCUGAUCAAUACUGGAACCCUAUAGAUUCCAAGAUGGCUACCGCGUCAUCGGUGCUAUGUAGGAGUGCUGUGACGGCGGUGUAUUGACGACGUUGACGGCGUGGUUACCGCUUGCUGUUUGCCAAUAUCGUCUAUGUACGAGAAAGCGGCGUUGGCUGCCCCCGAUUACGCCGGUGAUCCGCACUUCGUGAUAUUCCUGUGCCUUGUGGUGGUCUUCAACGUUUUGGUCCUUCUAGAAACGGCCUUCCUCUUGGGGAUGGGAAACGAAGGGAGCCAGCUAUCCUCAGAAGGCAGCACCCCGUUAUCCGAAUACCAAUCAAUGUAUUCCUACUCGGUAGGUCCCCGCACCCGUUCGUCUGCCCCCUCCACCCGAGCGCCGUCCCCGGUGGAGCCGCCGGAGCCGGAUUUGAGCCAUCUGACCCCGGAAGAGAUCGCCAAAAUCAAAGAGGUCAUGGACAGGGCUAGAAACAUGCAGACCGACGACCAGAGGAGAGCCAGGCAACUAGAGGAGGAAUACAUCGAGUAUGCCACGAAGAUGGAGCGUGAGGCGUCCCUGUCUGAGCUGAGUGACUGCAGCACCUCCCUUUGUCCUGUCUGUAACAAGGUCGACGUCGUCGCAUCUGAUGACGUCAGCAAGAGUGGCCCCUACGUGUGUGCUGAUUGCGGGAAGGUCACGUGUUCAACGUGCGGCGUCUUUGAUAAUUCCUUAACGAGCAAUGCUAAAGAGUGGGUCUGUAUCGUGUGUCAAAGGCGUCGCAAGUUGAUCAUGAGUACGGGCCUGUGGUACCACGGCUCGCACCCGGAAUCAGAACUACCUCUAGAGCGGGAACUAAACGGCGAACCUUACCAGACUGACGAAAACGAAAAAGGUAGAGACCACUUUCAACUGAUGCCACCGACGACUGACGUUUUGUCGGCGGAGUCACGCGGAGAGACCCGACAUGCUAAUACUGGUCUUCCGGAGACGGCCGAAUCUCAGAGCAAUGGUCCCAAAAUGGACUGGUCGUUUGAUUCUAGUCAACCAACUUCUUCCCAGAGUUCCUUUGAAAUGAUACCUCACAAGCCAUCAAAAUUGAAAGGAACUGGUGGAGUUUCAACGCUCAGCGACCCAGAAGACUUCUCAGAUUUCACGUUUGAAGACUAUGACGUAGGGGAUUUCGGAAGCAAGCCUGUUCCUCCUCCAACUCUUCCUCCCCCUCCUCCUCCUAACCAAGAGAAGGUGCCAAGCGAAGAGCAAUCUCCCGGAGCAGACGCCCCCGAGGAAGGGGAGGGCGGACAUAAACUGCGCCGCAAGCACAGACCACGGUCACUGAAUCUCACACGUUCUCACAGUCUGACCUCGCCUGAGGAUGACAGCGAUGGCGGCCAGUCGGCUGAAUCGUCUGGACCUGCUGCGGCUCCAGCAAAGAGUCCGGAACAUCUGUCUCCCGAGGAGCUGCUUUCACAGACAGUGGACGAACCGUCACUGAGUGAGUCCAAGUCACACAGCGAGGUACACGCACUGGGGCCUCCUGACAUGACGAACAAGACAAUGAAUAGCCCGACUCCACCCAGAAGCCCCAGCUGGAGGGAAGGGUUGGAGAGUCCGCCAUUUUCACCUAAGAGAAAAGACUCUUAUCCCGGGAAACCUCGCCGUGGUUCUCCCGUGUCGCCGAAAGAUAAACGUCUCCAUUUUACAUAUACAGAUAUAUCUCCUCCUUCUAGACAACUUUCUUUAGAUGAAUUAUACGGUGACGGGCAGUGCUCUUCGAAGGAUAACUCAUUUUUUGGGAUGCAUAUGGCUCAGAAGCCUUCUCCUGUAUCGCCAGAAGAGGUCAGAAAUACGCUCCUGUCGUCGCUAGGGGAGCCACUGCAAUUUGAAAUGCCAACACGUGAUAAAUUGCAGACAUUCUCUGCGCCGUGUGUUCAGAAUCUGGGAAGCUCCGAGGACGUGUCGAUGGAUUCCGCCCCAGUAAUGGACGUGGCGACGUACGCUGCUACUAUAGCAAGCAGCACGGCCAGUCUCACGUCGAUGAGCGUUUCGCCAACAAAUCUCAGCGUGUCUUCCAGCUACGAUUCGGAGCAGGUGUCUCCCGAGUCGAUGGGAAGUACGGACUCCUCGCCGGUGUCUCCCGGCUACUACGACAACAGUACUCCAGAGGAUAUGGAGGACGUGGAGCUUGCGGAUCCUUCUACAAAAUCCAUUGAUUAUCAAGGAAGUAAGCGACAGAAAGCCCGGCCUCCAACAACAGACUGGUCGCCCGUUAUCGACCUGUCUCCCAUUCUGGACGUGUCGCCUUCUGUGGAGGAGGCGGAGCAGGAGGACAUGCUGGCUAAGCAACUGGAGGAGUUCGAGAGACAGCAGUCGCUCACUGAAGGGUUGGACGUGGACGACGACAACGGUGAAAGUGGAGAGGUCAGCGAUAAAAGCGACAAAUCCAGCAAAGAUUCCAACGAGGAGGAGUCGUUCCAAGGGUUAAAGCGGUACGACAUCAUGGAAGACAUCAGCAGGAUCGAUGGGUCGGGACUCCACGAGGUGAAAGUCAUGGAGUACAAUGGGUCCCAGAAAAACAUGGAUGCAGAGAAUGGAAAUGUUCUUUUCGAAAGCGAAGAUGAUGGUGAUUCUUUGUUGUUAAUCUGCACAAGUGUCGCUCAGCCGCCACUUCCCACGAGUUCCAGUCCGUAUUACUCCACCAGCAUGGGGCAGCCUCCCAGAUAUGCGAGUGCUUCUCGGUCCUCUAUGAUCACGUCGCUACAAACUGAAUCUGAUACAAACACAGAGUUCAGAAAGAUAAACAAUGAUCUUCAGGACAUUCUCAAAUCUGGCGCUGUUGACGUGAAACCCAUCCCUCCGCCCAAGCCCCGUCGAAAGCUUCCAGACCCGUCAUCAGACAUGCUGGACACACACUACUCCGAAACAGAGAGAACAUUACCAUCCAUAUCAGCCAAAGCUCAAGAAGCGGAUUCCAUCGACGAGGCGGCCAAAUUGUUAGAUUCUUCGAAACAUCCGGUGGCGGCUACUCAUAUCCUUCCACGACAGGAUUCUGGGGAGAAACGGAAGGCGAAGGACUUGAAAGCGAAGCCUAAUCCGCUGCUUAUUCAGCACAUUGAGACCGAGGAACAGUCUGUAUCGCCACAUUACAAAAUACUCGACUCGCCCCCAACUCCUGAACAGAAAGCCGUGAGGAGGGAGUUUUCAGAGAGUACCUCCGUGUCGCCCUCCUCGUCCCCAGAUCGCGAUAUGUACAUGUUCCCAUCUCCAGUGACUCCCCCUGAUUCAGAUUCGUCACCGCCCAAACCCCAGUCUCCGUCGUCACCUGGCACGGAUGAGGAUGUGGUGGGCAGAAUGCCGGUCAGGACUCUGUCGUUCGGCAGCAAUCUGAAUGGAAUAGCUGAUGACGUCAAACCUAUUGAGGUUUCAGAAGAAAUUAGUGAAUCUCGUGCCAGCGUCAGAGACAAAAUUAAAGCUUUUGAAAUGGACAAUCUCUUCAAAGAUAUCGGUUACUUGUUCUAA